UUCGUUUUGGGCUACAUGCGUGUCUGGUAAAUAGCCCAUAAAAACCUGAAUUUGUGACUGCUGCUGUACGCACUCAAUUCAGUUUACGAUUGAUGAGCAGAGGCAGAGCUAACACUUGAGAGACCUAGCCAGCCUUCAUCUGUUUGUUUUUGUAUUCCUUUCAGUUGUAAUCAGGACCUCUGUUUCUGUUGAAAGCUUGAAAUGACGAAAUUUAGGAAGCUAAGUCGACCCACUGGCCACCGUAUGUCCCUGCUCAGAACAAUGGUCUCCCAGUUGGUGAAGCAUGAACGCAUCGAAACCACUAUUGCCAAGGCAAAAGAGAUUCGGCGACUUGCUGAUAAUAUGGUACAGCUUGGGAAAGAGGGUUCCCUUUGUGCUGCAAGGCGUGCUGCAGCAUUUGUUAGAGGGGAUGAUGUCCUUCACAAGCUAUUUACAGAAUUAGCUUAUCGUUACAAGGACAGAGAAGGUGGCUACACGAGAUUGCUUCGGACCCGUAUCAGAGUUGGUGAUGCUGCACCAAUGGCCUAUAUUGAGUUUAUCGAUAGAGAAAAUGAGCUUAGGAAGUCAAAACCACCAACACCUCAACCUCCACAGAGAGAUCCUUUAGAUCCCUGGACAAGAUCCCGGCUCAGCAAACAGUUUGCUCCUCCUAAAGAAGAAAAGAGUUCUGAGCCUGAGAUUUGAUCAGGGAGAAAUCGGUACCCCGCGAGUCUCAUUCAGAGCCCUUUUGAAUCAGAUCAAAAAGGGCAUGAGCAGUGGCCCUAUGUUGAGUAAGGGGUGAGAAGGUGCUCCUGCUGCUAAGUUGGAACUGGGGAAGUUAAAGCAGGACGUCUGGUGUGACGUUGUCUCUAUGGACGUAUUACAUUCUAAGUAUGGGUUCUUGCCCCGUUCAUAAGGAUGAAAAUUGACAUGACACAAUCCCUAAAGAGUAUGAUGUGCCCGGCCUUGCUUCUCUUGAUUCCCCACCCACCUCCCGUAGAGGCGGAUCAAUAUCAAUAUCUAUUUGCUCUAUCUUUUCAAAAAAUUAUAAUGCCUCAAAGUCAGUUGUGCGGGUGGAUUAAUUUGUUGUCUUAGAAUUUGAGGAAUUGUUUGUGGAUCAUUAAGAACAUUAUCAUCCAUCUUUUUUUGCUA